CAGGAAUCCCUAAUAACAGCGGAGGAGGUCAUUUUGGUCAAAUAAUGUGUGCUCUCUACGAUGAACAAACAAAACUAUGGACAGCUGCAGAUCGACGACUAUCAGAAUCCAAACAACACUCAUUGGGUCAUGUAAUUUUAAAUUGGCUGUCGUCACGGGGUUCAAAACUAGCUCAGAUUAAUGAUGACACCGGCGUUCAAGUAACCUACCAUGAACUCUGGUUAAAUACAAUUCGUGCCGCGCAAAAUCUACUGAAAAUGGGAUUUAAGCCUCGGCAAAAGUUCUGUUUUAUGAUUUACAACAACGAUCAUCUAAUCCCUGCUCUUGUCGCAUCGAUUUGUUUGAUAUGUCCAAUUGUACCACUGCAUCCGAUGCUAUCAAAGGAUGAAAUCGCACGGAUUUUGAUUCAAAUUCAGCCAGUUGCUCUUUUCUGCGAAGCUAAUUUAUAUGACAGGAUCGAUGAGGUGUUGUCGGAAAUUGGAAUCGACGUGAAACUGUUCAUUUUCGACGAACACAUCGCCAAUUUGGAAUCAGUUGAACGUCUAAUGGACGAAACGGGUGAAGAGGAAACAUUUGUGUAAGUUUGCGUAA